CUGUCGUAUUUGUGUUUGCGAGGAACUCUCGGAAUCAUGGCGAACGGUGGACAAGGAGGAGCACCGGAUCGUAAUUGUUACAACGGCGGCCUUUUUGGACAUUUUACCCGAUGGUGCCCCUUUCCCCGCAACAAUGGGUAUGGAGGUGCUCCAAGGAACGACGGAUACGUGCAGGGUAACGGAGUUGGACAGCGCAAUGAUGGCUAUGUGCAGGGGCGUUCGAUACUACCACCGCCGCUGUCUCCACCUCAACCACCCCAGCAGGCUCUUGCGCUGCAAGCGUCUUCUUCGAUCGUACAACCACUGAUUCUACAGGGUCCUGCUUCAGCUUCGGCGGUCUCCAACGCCAUCGUCCCUUACCAACCCCCUCGCUUCAAUGGGGGGAACGCUCCUCGAGUAUGGAACAAUCGUCCGCAGCAGCCGAGUGAGGGUGAGGCGAUGCAAAUCUUACGCGAGAUGUGGAACGACCGGCGUGAAGAGAGAGAAAGGAGGCGGGAAGAAGAGGACCGUAGGUUGAGGGAAGAACAGGCAAGGCAAGCACGGGAAGAAGAGAAAAAAAGACUGGAGGAUGAGGAGAAGAGGGAAGCCGAUCGUGAGGCGAGAUUGGCUAGAAUCUUCCGAGAGCAAAUGGAGGCUAUGGAAGCCAACAAAAAGAAGGACGGUGCAUCUGACGCAAGCAAGACGAAUUGGGAGAAGAUUGAUCCGGCCGCACAGGAGGGUGAAGUAAAGAAAACGGGUGAAGGGAGUGAGAACAGGAAGUGCGACCAAGGUGCUAUGGCUGACAAUGAAAAUACCUCCCAACAGCAAGGUAGUGGGAGGCCAAGGGUCGAGAAUGGAGCUACCCCUCUCGACACAGGCUUGCUUAGAAUGAAUAUUGACGGUGUUAGGAAAGCGCAAGAGGGGCAAGCGUGUAUGUUCCAGCAGAUGUUAGGAUCCCUCGAAGCUAUCAAGCAGCAAGGAGCUGUUCUGGCCGCUCACACGAUUUCUCCUCAGUUUCAGGCACAAGGCAUGCCUCCUUUUCCGAUUCCAAACCCACCUGCUGCCGCUUCCAGCGCUCCUGCUCCUCCAAUCUACCAUCCUCCUCCAGUCCCUCCACCUCCUGUUCCCGCUUCCCAACCAACAGCUUCGCAACCAUCUGCUUCCCAACCUCCCCCUCGCGCUCCCCCUCCCCCUCCCCCUGCUAACCCUCCUGCUGCCCCUGGGACACCUGUUCCCACUACCACUCCAUCUAAUCCUCCUCCGCCUGCCCCUACUAGACGAACGGCAGCGACGGAACCUGGUCCCUCUAGGGUCCGAAUGGACCAAUCUGAGACUCCCUCGAGAGGAUUCUCAGCCAGGUUAGUAGGGAUGUUUGCCUCUGUGGCUGGGAAUGGCGGCAAAAGGCGUGCGUUUGGCAUUACGAUUAGAGAUGAACCACCCCGGCAAGAGAUGGGGUUUGAUUGGAUUAAGCAUGGAAAGAAGGCAGCGGUCGCCGACCGCGACAAGGAAGGAAGGAAGAAGUACGUUAAGGAGCUGACCGAAAUGCUGUUUGGGAAAACCAAACACGAGCUUGAAGAACUCUGUAAGAAGGACAAGAUUAAGUAUGUGAACAAGAAGAUUAUCAGUGUUGCACUGACACGUCUGCGUGCGGUGGAGGCUUAUGGCGAGUACGAGGAUGAGGAGGAGGAGGAAGACUCCGAGGAGGAUGUUUAAGAAGAUAACCCUUCUUAAUGAUCUGUGGACGUCCGUUCCUCCUGGGCUUCUCUCGAAAAAACUAGAUCUGAGCGGAAGAGGAUCGGUUGGCAUGGUAAGGAAACAUUCGAUCUGCACCAAUUA